CUUCUGCAAAAUAAGAUUUGCUGCCCUCAUGCAGUCGCCAUUCUUUUCUUCUUCUCAGGCACGGAACGCACACAAAUGGUUCACCAUUACCAAGCCAUCACCAAGCAUUUAAUGUCCUCUGUAAUGAACAACAUAUUACACAACCUCUGAUGGUCACAAUCAGCUCUGAGAUAAAUCAACAGCAAUGUAAUGGUUUGGGUAACAAGGAUGAGGAGAACCAAAAGAUAUUGGAGGCCCAGAGACAGCCAAAAUCCAUGCACUUGCAUCACUCUUCUUACUUAUCUUUGUGGAUUAAUCAGAAUUAUUUUGUUCAUGUGCAUGAUUCCCACAGGAAGCUUAUCAACCCAUCUAAUGUUAGUCCAUAGCCAGGAAGAAUCUCUGUAUUUUGUUCCUUCUGAGGGUGUUGCAAGAAAUUACAGAGAGGAGAUUAUGACGAUGAAGUUAGGAAGGAGGAGAAUGUUGGGGUUAAGACAUUUACCAGGAUCUUCACCGCCCAAAUGUAAAAGCAAAUGUGGAAAUUGCAGGCCAUGUAAAAGUGUACUUGUUCCAAUUAAUCCAAAGAUGACAGUUCAUGCUGAAUAUUAUCCACAAGUCUGGAGAUGUAGAUGCAAUGGCAAGCUAUACAAUCCAUAGUUUCUUGUCAAACAAUCACUUGAAUCUGUCUUGUAUUUUAAGUAUCUUACAAUUUGUAAGAAUUAAUCUUUUUUCUCCUAAUGUAAUUUAAUUUCUGUUUAUGGAGCUCCCACCUGUCUAGUGCAUUUGAAUAGAGAUUGCUUACAAUUUAGCCUUCUGCCCAUGUUCUAUAAAAAUAUUUCUUAUUUCA